AUGACAACAAAGGUAGCUGAUGUAACGACAGUAGUUGCAGAUUUCUUUGAAGAGUCGGGACUGGAUUGGAACAAACUGAAAGGGGUUUGCACAGAUGGUGGCCCUAAUAUGCUUGGUUCACGAUCAGGAUUCAUUAUUCUUGUGAAGCAGAAGCAGCCUGAUUUAAAAGGAACACACUGCAUGAUCCAUAGAGAAGCUCUAGCCUCAAAGACAGUUCCAAAGAACCUUCAUGAUGCUUUGACUAUCAUAAACAUUGUUAACUAUGUGAAAGGAUCAGCCUUGAACACUCGCCUCUUUCGCGAACUCUGUCAGGACAUAACAUAA